AUGAUACUCAACGUCUCAAGCCAGAACUUCGCCGCUGCUUAUGCUGCUGGUCUUAUCGGUGCUUGGGGUAUCAUAUGGAAUUUCGCCCUGCUCGUCUGGACGAAACCGCAAUGGGAAGCCAAGAGAGUGGAGAUUAGAAGGAAGAGAAGACAACAAGAUGUAAAAAACACUGGGAAUAAGGAGUCGAGAGUUUCUUCGCCUUUAUUAUCGGAGAACGGCCACGCUGCUCAGACAACUAAGAGCUCUAAGGGGGAAGCAGGUUCUGCAGAUUCAACCAGUUUGGAAUCAGACCGAUGUAAACUUAACGGCAAUGGAUCAGCUCAUAGUCGUAAAGAAAGGAUAGAUGGCGCUGCCACCACGAAGACAUCCCCGGAGCAAACAGAGUUAUCAGAGGAAUCAAAGAAGUUACUCUUAGACGCAAUACCUUCACUGCGGAAAUAUAAAACCAACGACGAAAUAGUCAUUGAGCUCAAGAAACUAGAAGCAGAGCAAGAAUUCGAAUACUACUGGCAGGAAUACCCAGCCGAUGCUUCUCUCUGGACUCGGCUAGACUGGGCCUUCGACAUUGCUAGCUCGUUCCGGAUGACAGGCUGGAACUGGGCAAUCCCCUGUCUACCACCCUAUCAUCUACCCCCCACCAUCAACGGGUACCAACUUCCCCUGAGCGUCGUCGGCCCUCAGCGCAGCAAGCAAGGCUACACGCGACAACUCACCCUCAAAUCCUUUUUCCUCGCGCGCCUCUUCCAGGACAUCAUCCCGAGCUACCUCCUCGUCGACCUCUGCGCCGUGCACAUGACCGCCGACCCGUACUUCCUCCUCGGGCCCGAACACAGCGACCUCGCCCCUCUCCCACCCCACCUAGCAUCUCUCCCCCCCACUAUCCUUUCCGUCCAGCGCACCGCCCUCUCGUUCCUAGGCGUGAUAUCCGCGCUCCAACUCGCCUUCGCCGUCGGCGCCCUAUCGCUAGCCCUGGUCCCCCCGUCCCCGCAGAUCCUGCGUUUCCGCGCCCACCCCUGGCACCUGCCCUCCGCCGUCGGCUCCUUCUCCCAGGUCCUGGACCGCGGGCUGCCCGGCUUUUGGGGCAGCUGGUGGCACCAGACGUUCCGGUUCGGGUUCGCGGCGCCGGCGCGCUGGCUCCAGACGAACGGGUACGUGAAGCCCGGAUCGCCGACGCAGCGCGCUGCCGCCUUCGCCUUUGCAUUUCUGCAGUCGGCCUUCUUGCAUGCGUCCGGUAGCUAUAGCACCGUGCCUGCGAGGUCCAAGUGGUGGCUUCCACCGCUGUUCUUCAUGUUCGCGGGCCUGGGGUCGGCGCUGCAGACGUGGUUGGCGCGCGCUGCUUUCGGGGCGCUGAUACGUCGGAUGCCGAGGUGGGUGAGGAGGCUUGGGAACUUGGUUUUUGUGCUCGGGUGGAUGUGGCUGACGAGCUGGGCGCUGAUAGACGACUUCGGACGUUGUGGGUUGUGGCUCUUCGAGCCGGUGCCUGUUUCCGUAACCAGGUGGCUAGGUUACGGCCCGACUCAGGACCGCCGCGUGUGGAGGUACGAGAGGGAUUUCUGGCCGAAGUGGUACUGGGGGAAGCAUUGGUGGGAUAGCGGGAUUGGAAUCUAA